CCCCAACGUGUGCGCGGUGCAGAAGCUGAUCGGCACGAACAGGAAAUACUUCACCAACUGCAAGCAGUGGUACCAGAGGAAGAUCUGCGGGAAGUCAACAGUAAUCAGUUACGAGUGCUGUCCUGGAUAUGAAAAAGUUCCUGGAGAAAAAGGCUGCCCAGCUGCGCUGCCGCUUUCCAACAUCUAUGAAACGCUGGGAGUUGUUGGGUCUGCCACCACGCAGCUCUACUCCGACCGCUCCAACCUAAGGCCAGAAAUCGAAGGACCUGGAAGCUUUACAAUCUUUGCCCCAAGUAAUGAGGCCUGGGCAUCACUGUCUGCUGAAACUCUGGAUUCCUUAGUGAGUAAUGUUAACAUCGAGCUGCUCAACGCCCUCCGCUACCACAUGGUGAACAAACGAGUCCUCACGGAUGACCUGAAACAUGGGACAACACUCAACUCAAUGUACCAGGACCUGCCUAUCCAGAUUCACCACUAUCCCAAUGGGAUUGUGACUGUAAACUGUGCCAGGCUGUUGAAAGCUGACCACCAUGCCACCAAUGGAGUAGUCCAUGUCAUUGACAAAGUCAUCGCUACCACUACAAACAGCAUUCAACACAUCAUUGAGACUGAGGAAAGUCUGGAAACUCUUCGGGCUGCUGUGGCUGCUUCUGACCUCAACAGCUUGCUGGAAAGCAAAGGCCAAUACACGCUCCUGGCUCCAACCAACGAAGCCUUUGAGAAGAUCCCACGAGAAACACUGAACAGGAUCCUGGGGGACCCAGAAGCCCUGAGGGAUAUGUUGAAUAACCACAUGAUGAAAUCAGCCAUGUGUGCUGAGGCCAUCAUAGCUGGCCUGACGAUGGAGACUCUGGAAGGAACCACCUUGGAUGUGGGCUGCAGUGGAGAAGAGCUGACCCUCAAUGGGAAGCCCAUCAUUGCCAACAAGGAUAUCCUGGCAACCAACGGCGUUGUCCAUUUUGUUAAUGAGCUGCUGAUCCCAGACUCAGCUAAGACUCUGUUUGAGUUGGCACAAGAAUCUGAAGUUUCCAAGUCUAUGGACUUCUUCAGACAAGCUGGUCUCAGUUCUCAUCUAACUGGCAGUGAGCGAGUGACCCUCCUUGCCCCAGUGAAUGAUGUGUUCAAAGAGGGACUCCCCGUUGUUGACAGCAACAUGAAAAACUUGCUUCUGAACCACAUUGUUAAAGACCAGCUCUCCUCUAAAUAUCUUUACCAUGGACAGAAACUGCAGACUCUGGGUGACAAGGAACUGAGAGUUUUUGUGUACCGCAAUAACCUUUGCAUUGAAAAUGCCUGCAUUGCUGCCCAUGACAAGAGAGGAAGGUUUGGGACCCUCUUUAGCAUGGACAAAAUGUUGACUCCACCAUCUGGCUCAGUGAUGGAUGUUCUCAAGGCAGACCAUCGCUUCAGCACAUUGGUGGCUGCGAUCCAGUCUGCAGGUCUAACGGAGAACCUGAACAGGCCAGGUACCUUCACCGUGUUUGCUCCAACAAAUGAAGCUUUCCGAGCCAUGCCCCAAGGGGAACUGAACAAACUAAUGGGUAAUGCCAAGGAGCUUGCCAACAUCCUCAAGUUCCAUGUGGCUGAUGAGAUCCUGGUGAGCGGCGCAGUCAGUGCUCUUGUGAGGCUCAAGUCCAUGCAGGGAGAUAAACUGGAAGUCAGCAUGAAAAACAACGUCAUCCACAUCAACAAGGAGCCCGUUGCUGAAAGUGAUAUCAUGGCCACAAAUGGUGUGAUUUAUGCCGUGAACUCUGUCUUACAGCCACAUGCUUCAAGGCUGCAAGAAAGAGGUGACGAGCCUGCAGAUCCCGCGUUAGAAAUCUUCAAACAGGCAUCUGCAUUAUCCAAGGUUUCUCAGAGGAAUCCUCGACUAGCACCCGUCUACUCCCGGUUACUAGCGAGGAUGAAGGAGAACUCAGGUGGAUUCUGAGCCAUG